AUGUCUGCUUCUCCCAAGCACACAGUUGAGCUUGAGCUUGAAAAAGAUAUGUGGAAUCUCCUGGACACCGCCAAAUGCCACCCCAUCACUUUGGGCGGCUUUGUCCUAGAUCAUACCACCUUUAAGAGUGCGAGACAGGCCUCCCUUUACAGGCCAUUCUUUUGGCCAGCCCUUACCAUGGCAAUCGAUAUGCUUCUUCCAGGCAACAUCUCAGAUCCAGCGACCUUGUUGCAAGAUGUCUGUGGUCCUGGGCAAUCAAAUGACAAAGCUUUACGAACGAUCCUAUCGUUAAUCGGGAUCUACUGUCUUGACAGAGUACCACUUACAUCCCCCUGCGAUGACGUGCUCCCAGUCGUAAACCAACUAUACAAAACAAGCAGGAUGAUGGGAAGCGCAUCUGUGAGCUUAAACAUGAAUGUCAGCGCUGCGAUUGGGAUAGCGUGGUGCUUGAACUUAAUAUACACGCUAUUCGCAAACAACUCAGCAUGGCUCCAUCGCCCAGCCGUCAAGCUGUACCUGCGAAAAGCCUCCGCCUAUUUAGAACACGGAACUCUUUCUGAACCGCGGGAUGCUUAUGACGACAUGUCUAAAUUUCGGGACCUAUUGUCCAACUCUGGGGGUUGGCUGGAGGGUGAUGUUGGUCGCUAA